CAGACGAAACAGUUUUUGCGUUGUCAUUUUCGGAUUUCCCGGAGGACGUGCAACUUUUUAUACUAUCGUUUCUUGAUCCAUCGGAGUUGGCCUCUUUUGCGUGUACCUCGAAGAAAUGCUUUUCUCUAUGCAGGGAUGAGAGUCUCUGGUUCUCUAUGUGUGACCGGAGGUGGGGCUCCUGUACCCUUUUGAAGAGAUGGGGUCAGGGCAAAAUUUCGUAUAAAGACUUGUAUAGGAUUCUUAGUGAGUAUGAGAAUCUCAUUGGCUUCUGGCGGCGAUAUAGGAUCAAUACUACUUCUGUUAAUCUCCGCAUGGCACUCUCGUGUAUUUUGAGUGGGGUCCGUUUUAUAUUACUGGGUCAAGAAUUUCGCCUUCAAAAAACGGAUCUUAUGAAGUAAUUAGAUCUCAAUUUUUGUGGAUUUGCGUUACUUCCAAGGGGGAGCCCGCGAAUUACUUGGAUCCUGAGGGGAGAUUCGAGUUUACUGAUGAAUUACUGAUGGAUUCAGAGAAGUUAGGGUGUUCGGAGAAUGAGUUGAUUCAGGUGAAUAUGAUUUUUAAAGGCAAAUGCUAUGUGGUAGUGGAGGAAAAUUUGGGAUCUUUGAGGUUGGGGAAGGUUCCUAGUUCUGGUCAUGUGAGAGCAAAGGAGUAUCAGAAUGAGUGUCGCUCCCCUCGGGACCAGUUGAGGUCGGAGAUUAAUCAGUUUUUGGCUAAAAGAAGGAGCCAUGAUGAGAAAGCAGUGUCGAGGAGGCAGAGGAGGGAGAAGGAGAGCCAGGAGAGGUUGAGGAAACGGGAGCCAGAACAUCUUGUGAAAAUUCUUAAUUGCUCGCCCACGCUUGCACGGCCAUUGCAAGGCCUCUGGAAGCCUACUUGAUGCUUUUUCUGCUUGUCGCUACCGGGAAUUUGUGAUGACAUGAGCUUGGAUUUAUAUCUUAUGUCCUAUGAUGACAUUGGGGGUAUUGCUUGCCUGAAAAGUUGGAGAAUCAAUAACUCUUUCCUUUCGUGCCUCUAUAUUUUGGUCAUCUAGUACUACAUUUAUUGACCCUCCUUUUUCUCCUGAAGAAGAUUAUACAUACAGCAAUCGCAUGCAUCCCCGGCCGCCUGCAGAAUUAUAUCACGGUGAAGAUAAUCUGGUAUGUUCAGAUAAUGGACCUGUCUCCCACAUGCUUUUCAUCAACUCAACCUAUGAUUCGGACAUUCAAGACUUCUCAGGGCCUACUACAAAUCCUCGGUAGUGCGGGGGAAGAAUUUGGCUUUAUGAAAAUGGAACAUUUGGUUUCAGGUUUCUUCGAGACAAUUACAUUACAGACUUGAAGCAUAGUGCUAAAAAAAUGGUCACCUUCUAGAUGCAAUAGAUACUUGUAAUGAUUGAUUGCACCUGCGGACGUAUUUCUUCUUUUGGAUUGUCGUCGUAUAAAUUUAGUCGGAACUUUGAUGAAC